CGCCAUGACUUGCAUGCAUGCAUUGUUUUCAUCAACAGCUCUUCGCUUCGUUGCUUGUGUGAUUCUCCCGUAUUUCCCUAGGCCGCCUCUAAAAUGGCUGGACUCGCGGGCUUGAAUGUCCUCGGACCGUUGUCUCCGCCAUCCAGCUCGCUGUUCGGCGUCUCACGGUGAAUUUGGAAACGCUGGGUAGCACUGUGUUGUGUGAGAUGACACGAGCUUGAUCACCUGGCGGAGGAGAAGGUGCCGGCUCCUUCUGAGCUCUUCCGUUUCUCCGAGUUGCUGCAUUCAAAUUAAGUCUCGAGUCGAAGUGUGGUUUCAUCGCUAUCUCUUGUACACCCAUAUGGCGAAGGCAUACUCUUUGCAGGAGGUCGCUCAACAUAACAGUGCGAGUUCUUGCUGGAUCAUUAUCGAUAACAAGGUCUAUGACGUGACAGACUUCCUCCCUGAGCACCCAGGAGGAGAAAAGAUCAUUCUCAAGUACGCCGGCCGCGACGCUACGGCAGUAUACGAGCCCAUCCAUCCAGAGGACGCGUUGAAUAAAUUCCUUCCACUCGAGAAGCAUUUAGGGUCACUGGAUAGCUCAGGAGCUCAGGAAUUGAAAGAGGAACAGGACAGUCGCCGCAAGACGCAAGAUGAGAUUCGCGUGGAGAGAGCCCGUGCGGGGAAGCCUCCAAUCAACCAGAUCCUCAGCUUGCAGGAUAUGGAGAAUGCUGCUGAACAGGUGCUGCCUUACAAAUCCUGGGCUUUCUACAGGUCUGCUUCAGACGAUGAGAUUACCUACAAUGAAAAUCGCCGCGCAUUCUCUCGUUUCUUCUUCCAUCCACGUGUGCUGAGGCCGAUUUCCCGAGUUGAUACAUGUACGACGAUUCUUGGAUUCAACUCUUCACUCCCGAUCUUCGUCAGUGCUGCGUCACUAGCUAAGCUAGGACAUCCUCUCGGUGAACUCAACAUUACCCGCGGAGCAGGUCGUACGGGCAUCAUUCAAAUGGUGUCUCAUUACUCCUCAGUCUCCCGCGAGGAGCUUGUUGCCGCGCGGCUUCCCUCACAGCCGCUCUUCUUCCAGCUUUACCCGGACAGAGACAGAUCGAUCACAGCGAGUGUGAUCCGUGAAGUUGAUAAGAUGGGCUUCAAUGCAAUUUGCUUGACGGUCGACGCGCCGCUAAACGGGAAUCGUGAGAGAGAUCUCAAAGCGCCGUUCGAGCUCGAAGAGCAAGAGCGCGUCGUUCAGGAGAUACAAGGUGGAAGCAAGCUAUCUGGCGAGAUGCAAGAGAGGACUGAAGAUGAGGAUAACAAACUCGUGGAGGGCGAGCUGGAGCUGCUGGGGACGUCGAGCGGAUUGCGGACGACGGCUGACCUUGACAUGUCUUGGGUGGAGACUAUACCUCUGAUACGGAAGAACACGAAUUUGCCGAUUGUAUUGAAAGGUAUCCAAUGUGUUGCGGAUGCGAUCAUGGCUGCCGAGGCCGGAGUGGAGGGAAUCCUUCUUUCUAACCAUGGUGGUCGGCAGAUGGAGUACUCCCUACCUCCACUCGAGGUGCUUUACAAGAUACGUAGAGAACGGCCAGCCGUCUUCGAUAAACUAGAGGUGUACAUUGAUGGAGGCAUACAUCGCGGCACGGACGUCCUCAAGGCCUUGUGUCUCGGCGCAAGAGCAGCGGGACUGGGACGGGCUUUCCACUUUGCACAAAGUGCGUAUGCAGAAGCCGGUGUUAUACAGACGGUGCGCAUACUUCAACGUGAGAUCACACUAGGGAUGCGGCUGCUGGGAGCAACGAAUGUGAAGCAGCUAGUGCCAGAAAUGGUUGAACGUGUCGACUGGCAGCCGUUGCUGGCCAAACUAUAAGAUUGUUUGUGUAUUCUGGUGCUCGAUAGCUUGCAGGAUAGAGUGUUCUAGUUCUAGCGUUUACAUACGAGUGUCGGAUGAACUUUACGGAGUUCGGAUAGUCAUUCCGGAUGUCGUCUACCGAGCAAAACCAUCAUGCGAUCGAAGUCGGUCA